AUGAGGUCUACCCUAAAUCCUACAGCACCAUCUCCGUCACUGCUUCGAUAUCUCAAAGCUCAAUUCGAUGGUCUCGCAUGCUCACGACCUCGCCACGUCCGAGAAUUCAAUUCGGCAGGUCCGAAACAUUUUUGGGCCUCAUCGACAAAAAAUCUUACGAUUCAGAACUUAAAACAACGCUCACAUCACAUCAUUGCCGCUCAGACGACGCCCGUCGUUGUCGGCCUUUCGGGCUAUUAUAGCGCAUGCCAUCACUUAGGCGCAUCACGUCGUCGCCGCACGGUGCGCAGGGGAAACUCGACCGCAGGCCCUUCCACGGUACAACAACGGUUUGCAUCAACGCAGGUCAAAUGGCUCGAAAAAAUCUGGAAGGCCAGUCCCGCAAACGGUAAUGUUUCCUUACACCCUGAUGAUCUUCCCAAGGCUCGGCCCGACGAAAACAACGACUCGUCCAUUUUUAGCCUAGGAAGACACAUUUCUGCUAAAGCCGCUGCGCAACCCAAGCUGCGCUGUACGGAAAUAGACGAGAAUGGAAAUGUUGUCUUAGCAAGUGGAGAAUUUAAAAAGAGUGAACUAAUCGCCAAAUACGGACUUUUACCCAGGGAUCUUAGAAAGAUUGACUCCAGUCUUCUACCCCACAUACUCAUUCGUCCAUCUGCUAUUCUAAUCAACCUUCUUCACCUUCGUGUCCUUAUCAAAUCUGAUCGAGUCCUUGUUUUUGACGCGUAUGGCACCUCUGAUUCAUUUAAUCAGUCCGCUUUCAUAUAUGACUUGGAGGAUAAACUAAGACACAAACAAAAUCCUAUAUCAGCCGGUGGUCUACCAUAUGAAUUCCGGGCCCUUGAGUCAGUACUAUUAUCAGUCAUAACAUCACUCGAGGCGGAGUUUGAGGGCGUCAGAACACCAGUUGUGAGGGUACUCCGGGAUCUAGAAGAAGAUAUCGACCGAGACAAGUUGCGUCUAUUGCUAAUUUACUCAAAAAAGCUUGGUACCUUUGAACAGAGGGCAAAACUCGUGCGAGAUGCCAUCGACGAGCUCCUAGAUGCAGAUGACGAUCUCGCGUCGAUGUAUCUAACUGAGAAGAGCCAAAAUAUUGUUCGAGGAGAAGAAGAUCACACCGAGGUUGAGAUGCUUCUCGAAUCAUAUCAUAAAUUAUGCGAUGAGAUUGUACAGGAGUCUGGAAAUCUUGUCUCAAAUAUACGGAAUACAGAGGAAAUUGUCAAAGCUAUUCUAGAUGCUAACCGUAAUUCUCUAAUGCUCCUGGAUCUCAAAUUUUCCAUUGGUACUCUCGGUAUUGGGUCUGGCGCGUUUAUUGCCGCGCUCUAUGGCAUGAAUCUUAAGAAUUACAUGGAAGAAUCGGAUCUCGGGUUUAUGGGUAUCACUGGCUGGAGUCUAGUUUUCUCUGCUGUCGUCUGUGCCUACGGACUCUCCAAGUUACGAAAAGUUCAGAGGCUAAGCAUGUGGGGCGAAAGCGGACGUCGAGGGCGUAGCUGGAGGGAUGAAGAUAGCCGGGCCUUGUUUAACCAAGAGAUUGAGGCAGGAAGACGACUAGAGCGGCAGCGCAGUAUUCGAGACAAGCCACGAGCAUGA